GCCUGCAAUUCCUGCAGUCUUCGCGCGGACGUUAUCUCGCGAUACUGCGAGUUGAGAUAAUUAUUCGUGUUCCGCCGACCGUGUCUCCAAUCGUCGUCGUCGUCGUCCUCGUCAUGGAAUCUUGGGUACUGCUUUCCCUCUUAGCCAUUGGCUACGUUAUUUAUCGCUAUUGCUUCAAAGGCCUGAACCACUUUAAGAAGUAUGGGAUUCAGCAUAUCCCACCAUGGCCCAUGUUUGGCAACAUGUGGCCAUUGUUCCUGCGUCAAACCUCGUUGCCCGAGCUCAUAAAAAAGGCGUACAAUAUCAGUCCAAACGCAAAGUACGUCGGCUUCUUCGACGCCUUGAAUCCUGUGGUGAUGAUUCGCGACCCGGAGCUCAUUAAGUCCAUCGGUGUGAAAAACUUUGAGACGUUCCCUAACCAUCGUGCCUUCAUCGACGAGGUUAACGAUCCGUUGUUCGGCAAGAAUCUGUUCUCACUGCGCGACGAUAAAUGGCGGGAUGUGAGAAACUUGCUGAGUCCCGCGUUCACGUCUAGUAAGAUGCGAACCAUGUUCAAACUGAUGUCCGACUGCGCGGCCAACUUCGCCGACUCCUUGAUCAAAACGUCAGUGAACAAGAACAUCAUGGAGAUGAAGGAUUGCUUCACAAGGUACACAAACGACGUGAUCGCUACUUGCGCCUUCGGCAUCAGUGUGGACUCCAUGAAGAACCCCGAUAAUGAUUUCUACGUUUACGGCAAGGAGGCCACGUUCUUCGGUCCCUUGCGUACUGUAAAGUUCUAUAUCGCCAGGAGUAUACCGUACAUAUCGAGGAUCUUAGGCAUAAAGAUCGUCAGCGAGCGUGUGGCCAAAUUCUUCAUGGAUAUCAUAAGGAACACGAUCUACGCCAGAGACAUGCAAAACAUCACGCGGCCGGACAUGCUGCAGCUGAUGAUGGAGAGCAGAGGCAAGAGAGGCCCCGGCAAGGAACUGACCAUCGAAGACAUGACGAGCCAAGCUUUUAUCUUCUUUUUCGGCGGCUUCGAUACUACCUCUACCUUGAUGUGCUUUGCUGCUCAUGAAAUCACCGUAAAUCCGGACAUUCAGGCGAAACUGCGCAAUGAGAUUGAUGCGGUUAUGAAAGCUACGAAUGGGGCGUUAACCUAUGAGGCGGUGAAUGGAAUGCAAUAUUUGGACGCUGUUAUCAACGAGUCCCUCAGGAUGUACCCGGUAGCGGUGUUCCUCGACAGAGUAUGCAUGAAAGAUUUCGAGCUUCCUCCGGCAUUACCCGGUGACAAGCCUUACACACUGAAGAAAGGAUCGACCGUCUGGUUCCCCGCUUACGGACUUCAUCACGACCCGAAUUACUUCGAAAAUCCCGAGAAAUUUAAUCCCGAGCGCUUUCUAAAUGAGGACAAGAAAGGUAUCAAUCCAAACGCGUAUUUACCGUUUGGAAUGGGUCCGAGGAUGUGCAUAGGUAACAGGUUCGCGUUACUUGAGACCAAGGUAAUGCUGAUACACUUGUUGGCUCGCUGCGAGUUAAAGCGCUGUGCGAAAACCAUGUAUCCGAUGCGAUUCAGCAAAAGUAGCUUCAACAUCUUGGCAGAGGGUGGUUUCUGGGUUAAUAUUCAACCGAGAAGCGACGCUCCCAAUUUAUCGAUCAACGCCAAUGGUCAAUUAUGAAGCCACAAAAGCGCCGAUGAAAUCCAAUGCGAUAUUUAGAUAUCAGUUUUUAAAGACCGUACGACUUUCGUAAUGAUUUCAACAGUUUUCAAUACGAACGUCGCAAAUGUAUGUCUAGGUAAUAUUUCAAGAGGAGGUGGAAAUAGAAGACAAUUUAAAACAAAUAAUAUAACAAUAAAGAGCCUAUAAAUAGCAGUUCUACUUAGUCCGGCAGGCUUCUUUGUAUGUGGAGAAAAGAUUACUGCAAAAAUAUUAUUUAUAGAAAAUAUUAUAGAAAAUAUUAUAGCAAUAACAAUAUAGUUAAAAUUACAUUCUUUUUUACAAUAUUUUUCGCAAAGCUGGUUUAUACUUAUAUUGCACUAAAUUACUAAAUUGAUAAAUUUAAAACGAUCUAUCGAAUGUAGAAUAUAGAAAACAUUCAAGUUAUUGCUGUAGCAAAUGUAGUAAAAAGUCAAACGUGCAUAACAUUUUAAAAUAAAUAUAUAAUAAUUUUAGACAUAAGUUUUUUUGUAAAAUCCAAGAUUAAAGACUUUUGUUGUAAUUUUUACUGCAAUAUUUUCUCUGAUAAAAUAGUAAGAAAUAGAUUUAAAACAAUCUUGUUUUAGGGAAAUAUUUUACUGUUACAUUGCUUUCGCUUAAGCUUCCGCGCGUAUUAUCUAGUGAACAUUUCUUAAAUUUAUAAAAAUAUUAAGGUGAGUUAACUGUGUAAGCACAAUGUCGAUUUACUAUAAGUAUAUGCAAAAUUCUUGUAAAAUUACUAGAUAACUUUUAUUUUACCUAAAAAUGAACUCUCUAAUAAUUUUUUAUCGUAUGGUAUCUUUCAAGAUACGGUACUACUCGCAGAAGUUUAUCACACUCUCAACAAAUAAGUAAUAUUCCACGACGGACGGAAUCCUUUGCAUAUAUUAUUACGCAGUGCCAUUACUCGGAUAUUUCCGAUAGAAAGUUGGGAAUCGUGAGACUUUGUGAAGGUUUUAAUAAUUUCCAGAACUGACAUGUACUUCGUAGUUAUGUAUGGAAAAUGUCUCUUGGUAAUUAUGCAUGGAAAAUACCGCUAUUAUUUAUCCUCUAAAUGGAAAAACGGUUACUUUCUCGUUCACUUGCACUUUAUAAAAAAAAACAUGGCACUUAAUAUAGAUCAACGCAGAGAGACCACACGUGAGAACAUUGAAAAACCGAAUACACUUUAAGCUGAAAAUAGACUUUCCGACCUUUAAAGAUAAACGAUAGAAUAAAAUCUGCGGGAGUGAAAUCGGCACAUUUUCAGAUGUGUCUGACAAUAUUUAUAAGUGAGGAGAGCCACACAGAAAAUUCACAGAUGUGAUAGCAAUGUGAUCGACGCCUAGACCUCUACAAUGCAAUAUUUUUAAUAGAAAAAUAAUGUUACAAAGACUGACGUACAUACGUACAUUUACAAUGUAUACUCGCGCGCGUUCGCUCGUUCGAUAAUUUUACUUCAAAUAUUUUUCCUAACUUGUGUGACACAAGAGAGAUAAUCAUAUCAAUUGUAAAACAAUGAUAUCACUUGUGAUUGCAAGUCAUCCAAAUAUGUGCAAUUCAUUCCCUACUUGCUUUUUGUGUUUCCAUCAUGUAAUGAUAGAAUUUAUUGUAGGAUAAUAAGCUCAUUAAAUAUAGUUUUACGUCGUUUUCAUUAUAUAUAGUUUUCUGCGUUUAAAUAAAAUAAUUAUUUGCUGAAAUGGUGAAAAUAAAACUCUAAUUUGAUCUCAA